AUGAUAACUACUACUACUACAACUACAACUACAACUACCACUAUAGAAUUAUCUCGAGUUGGUAUCUGGAUAGAUUAUGAAGAGAGAAUGAAAAGAAAGGGAGGUGGUUCGUCUUCAUCAUCGACCUUUGCAAUGGAUGAUAUCUUUGGUGAUAGCGAUGAAGAUGGCAAUGGAAACAACGAUAAAGAUUGGUCAACAUCGACAUCGACGUCAUCUUCAAGUUGCAAUCCAAAGGCAUUCAACAAAGUGGUUCAAGAUGCAAUCAAGGAGAGGAAUAGACUCAAAAAGGAAGAAGAGAGGAGAAGAGGAGAAGAGGAACGACGAAAGGAACUUGGGACAGCAGACAUCUCAAAUUAUUUCAAAAAGACAGGUGCAUCAUCAGGAUCCUCUGGGUCUAUGGCAUCUACCAAUAACCAGCAGUCUACUCUUCUUAUCCCCGAUACAUUAUUAAAGAAACUAUAUAAAAUGCAAGAUGAUACAAAUAAUGUACAACAACAACAACAACCAACAAAGAAUGGUAUUUGGAAUAACAUUGUAUCUUCUUCCACUUCACAUUUAUCAUCUUUAUUGAUGAAUAAUAAUAACAACAAAUCAAAUAAUACCAAUAAUACCAAUAACACAUCUAAUAAUAAUAAUUCACAUUCUCAUCAUCAUUUUGAUGAAGACUCUAUUGAAGAGGAUCAUGAUGCUGACAAGGACAGAAUGUUUGUAGAGAUGCGAAAAGCCAAUUUGGAGAGGCAAGAGAAACUGGAAAAGGCAAAGGUAUCAAGCAUGAUUGUGAAAAAGUCAUCCGUCUCUUCACCAUCUACGACAUCUUCACCAAAAAAGAAAAGAAUUGUUGAUCAUGAUAGCGAUCAUGAUAGUAAUAGUAAUAGUGAAGGUGAUAGAGAUAGUGACGACCAAGACGAUGAUGACGAUGACGAAGAUUCUGACGAUGAUUCCAAAAAGAAAAAGAGGAAGAAAAAACAACAACAAAAGAAACCAACAAAAAAGAAAACAAAUACUAAAAAAGAUCAAUCAGAUAAAAAGAAAUCUAAAAAAGGAGAAUCAUCAAGUAAACCUAAAAAGAAAGAUAAAGAAAAAGAAAAAGAAAAAGAAUCAGGAAAUAGAAAUAAUAAUAAUAAUAAUAACAAUGAUAAUGACAAUGAUGAUAGUAGUGAUCAAGAUGAUCCUUUUUCCAGUCAUACUCAAGAUAUCAAAAGUAUCAUACCACCAUCAAUACCAGUACCGCAACAACCCAUACUUUCACCAAUAACUCCAAAUAAUAAUAAUAAUAAUAAUAAUAAUAAUAAUAAUAAUAAUAAUAAUAAUAAUAAUAAUAAUAAUGUUCGACCUAAUAACCCGAAUAACUUAAAUAAUAACACUAUCAAUAAUCAAAAUAAUUUAAAUAGUAUAAAUAAUUUUAAAAGUUUGUUUAACAGUCAGGCAUCAUCAGAUGGAGGUUGGGGAAGUGAUGAUGAUGAUGAUGAAGAGAUUGUUAUCCCAAACUCACCAGAAUUUGUAAAUAAUUUUAAUGUACACAAUCGACGACCACUCAAACAAGAAAAGGAAGAAGAAGAAGAAGAAGAAGAAGAAGAAGAAGAAGAAAACGAGGAACAAAAAGAAAUCGACCAAGCAAUUGAAAGGAUACGAAAUUGUAAAGAAAUAGUUAGUCACCGAGAAAACCAAUUAUCUGAAGCUGUCAAUAACCUUAAAAAAGAACUUUUGAAAUUGGAUUCAUUGUACAGUCAUAGAAACUCAAAGAAUAAUCCACCUGGAUAA